AUGGGCAAGGAAGAAAAAGAAACCAAAGUUGCAGAGGUAGCAGCAAAUGGGACUAAUGCACCUGAGAAAGAGAAAUCCAAUGAAGUUAUGGCUGAAAAAAGAGAGGAAAAUAAUGGAAUAAAAGAAAUAGAAGAAAAUAAAAAUGACAGCGAGAAAGCUGAGACUAAUAAGAUGGAUGAAGACCCCAAGGUGACUGAAGAAAAGGAAAGCAAAGAGAAAGAAGAUGAGGAAGAAGAAGGAAGAACUGAAGCAAUGGAAGAAGACACUAAACCCAAAAUAGAUGAAGAAAUGGAAGAGAAGGAGAAGGAAGCCAAAGAAGAGGAGGAGGAGGAGAAGGUGGAUGGGUCCAAGGAGGAAGAAGAGAAGGUUGAGGAAGAAAACACCGAAGAAGAGGUGGAGGAGAAGGUUGAUGGAUCUAAGGAGGAAGAAGAAAAGGAGGAGGAGGAGGAGGAAGGGAAACAAUCAAAGCAACAUGGGAAAGGGAAGAGCGGUGGGAAGAAAUCUGAAAGGAAGAAGAAGAUAGUGGAAGAAAAGAAGAAGAAGCCAGAGCAGAGGACUCCUGCUUUUGAUAGGCCGCAGCGUGAACGGAAAUCGGUUGAAAGGCUGGUGGCAACUAUUGACAAAGAUGCUGCCAAAGAAUUCCAGAUUGAAAAGGGCCGAGGUAUCCCGCUGAAAGAUAUACCUAAUGUGGCAUUCAAGCUAUCAAGAAGGAAGACUGAUGAUACAUUCAAACUGCUUCAUACAAUUCUCUUUGGAAGGAGAGGAAAGGCAUUGCAGAUCAAGAGUAACAUAUCCCGGUUCUCUGGUUAUGUGUGGCAUCAAAAUGAGGAGAAACAAAAGAGUAAAGUGAAAGAAAAAUUUGAUAAGUGUAAUAAAGAGAAGUUGUUGGAAUUUUGUGAUGUGCUUGACAUACCAAUUACCAAGGUUACUACAAAGAAGGAAGAUAUUGUUAUGAAGCUGAUAGACUUUUUGGUGGCCCCCCAUGCUACAACUAGUGAUUUACUUGCUGAAAAAGAGAAGGAAAAAGCUAGCAAAAAGCGCAAGAGAGUGUCCAAAAGUUCAACCUCUGGGAGCACACUAUCCAAACGUUCAGCUAAGAAGAGAAAAAAGAGUACAGCUGAUACUGAAGAUGAGUCAGAAGAAGGGAAAGAGGAGGAAGAUGAAGAAGAAGAAGACGAACAGGAACAAGAAAAUGUAGAAGAGGAAAAUGAAAAUGGUGCUCUCGAUAAAUCUGAUGCUGAAAUCUCAGAACAUUCAGAAAGUGAGGAGAAAAAAGAAUCUGAAGAAGAAUCUGAAGGAGACACUGGAAAACGCAAAAAGAGGUCAGCUGCAUCAUCUAGAAAAAAGGCAUCUGCUGGAAAAGCUAAAACCAGAAUCUUGGUGUCCCAUAAGUCUAGUCCACCAGCGAAAAGAACACCUAAAAAAUCUUCAUCAAAACACACUCAUUCUGAUGAGGAUAGUGAUGCAAGUCCGAAGGUUUCCUCAAGUAAGAAGAAAACUGAAAAAGUAUCAAAGGAGAAGCCCUCACCUCCAAAGAAAUCAGUCUCCAAGGAGAAAAUAGGGAAAAAAGGUGGAAAAGGGAAGGAAAAGGCUAAAGUUAAACAGGAUAAAUUGACUCCAAGUGAUGAUGAGCUUAUAGAUGCAAUAUGCGAAAUUCUUAAGCAGGUGGAUUUCAAUACGGCUACAUUCACUGACAUUCUCAAGUUACUUGCUCGACGAUUUGAUAUGGAUCUCGCACCAAGAAAGUCAUCUAUAAAGCUUAUGAUCCAAGAUGAGCUCACCAAAUUAGCAGACGAGGCUGAUGAUGAAGAUGGAGAAGGUGAAACUGAGAAAGAUGAAACCCAGUCCACUGGUCAAGAGGUUGAAACCUGA